ACCAUUUGACGAACAGAAAAUAGGAUUCAGCGAAAUUCGUCCACGUGUUCAUGGUACCGGUGAGACGACGAUUGUGUGAUUCAAAGGCAAUUGACGAUGGCCAAGAUACAGUCUCGCUACAAAUCUAUCCUCAGUAAAUGGUUGGGAGGGAGGAAGGAAUACACUCUGUUGUACCAGGCUACCAGAGAUGGAUGUAGUGCGGAGGCCUUUCAUAGAAUGUGCAAUGACAAAGGCCCGACUGUUACCCUGCUGUAUAACACAGCGGGCAAUGUGUUUGGUGGUUACAUCGCCGUGCCGUGGCAGAAUACGCCAAUAACUUGUUCUGGUGGUCAUAAUCCAAAUCCAGCAGGUCAGACGGCAUGGCACUGCCCAUAUUGCCGCACAGUGUGCAACAUAAACAACGUCGGUACAACCAGUCAGUAUAGCAAUGACGCCACCGCCUUCAUCUUCAGACUUACAGCCAAGAAGUCCUUCAAGCCAAAACUCUACCGUGUGAAAAAACCUGGAAAUGCAGUUAUGCAGAACUCCCAUUACGGCCCAUGUUUCGGGUCUGACCUACAACCAUUUACGAAGAGUGUUACCAAGACUGACAACUACUUCAAGGGAAAUGGGACAAUAAACGUAGGAACCCACUACGACAUGAAUGGCGAUGACAAUAAUGUGUUUUCUGGAGGCAACCUUCAGUACACCGAUAUUGAGGUCUACCAUAUCACGGAGCCAACAGGCAUGCCCUCUGCUUCUAUCGAUGGUGCCUGGCGCAAAUUUGGACAAGUAAAUCGCGAGAUGCUGCUGUCUUACAUUGAACGAUUUACACCACCGGAAGACAGCAAGGCCAAGGCUGUUAAUGUGCUAUUAUUAGGUGCAGUUGGAGCUGGGAAAUCCAGCUUUUUUAACUCCAUCAACUCAGUCUUCCAAGGGGAGAUAACUGGCCUAGCAAGGAGUGGAAGUGCUGACAGGAGCUUAACAACUACGUACCGACGUUACAGAGUGAGAUCAAACGUGACCGGUGGAACCCUGAAGAUGCGUUUUUGUGACACCAGGGGAAUGGAGUGCGAGGGUGGCCUUGACCUUGUUGACCUCAUUGCCGUCAUCGAAGGUCACGUCCCAGACAGGUUCCGUUUCAAUCCAACUGCACCCAUUGACUCGGACUGUACUGGGUACAACAGUAGUCCUUCUCCAGAUGAUAAGAUUCACUGCAUCGCCUUUGUCAUUGACGGUACCACUGUCGACGUUUUCCCUGAGAAGAUUCUUCACAGCAUCAAAUCCCUCCAGCAAAGAAUAAACACCAAAGGUAUACCGCAAGUGGUCAUUCUAACCAAGGCUGACAAGGUCUGCAUCGAGGUACAGGAAGAUGUCAACAAGAUGUUUCACAGCGCCGCCAUAGGUGAUCUUGUGGAACAAGCGGGGCAACUCUUUGGUCUUCCUCGAUCGUGCGUCUUCCCAGUGAAGAACUACGAAGAUGAGGUUCAAGUGGACAGGAGUGUUGAUAUGCCCCUGCUGCUGUGUCUCAAGCAGAUUCUCAGGUUUGCGGAUGACUACCUUCAAGACUCUAUGUCCUCUGACUAGAGGUGAACACCUCUGCUUUUCCAAGAGAAGUUAGAAUAGAUGUACACGUUGCAAUCUGAAGAUACCUGCGGGAUCUUAUAAGAGACAGUGCUGUUGCUUUUAACUAAUCUGAGCUGUGGGUUUUAAACAGCUGUUAAUUUAUUCAUCUGUGAUGCUUGGUGAUGGGUCAUUGUGUAGUAUAUAUUCCUUAGUAUGGUCUUCCUAUGAGGGUAACACGUAUUUGUACAUUAUUAUACACUCUGUAGCUUUUUCCGGCGUUGGCAUUCAUUCGGCUAUGUCUACUCUAAGCAGGCAUGUCGAUCGAACCCCAGCAUUGCUGAAUCCUAGUUGCUGAAACUUAAAUGCUUGAACAUAGCGUUAAGAUCAUGUCAAUGAUCAUUCGUCUAAGUGUCUUAUGGCCUUGUUCACUGUGUCCAUUUUUGUGCCGCUUUCCCAUAGUCCGCUUUGAGUGUAUGCAUAGAAAUAAUUAUUGUAUCAAAUAUUUUCAUUCCAAAUCCUCUAAAUUAACUGCCGCACUAGUUUUUGACUCAAACGUAAACUCACAGGUGAUAUUUCCUAUAUUCCUGACAGUUAUGUUUCCUGGAGUUUCUUUCAUUACCCUGUCAUAGAGGUGGUUAAUCGAAAAUUGCGAUAUAUUGUAUUUGUCACUGAUGGAUUAACAGUAUAUCUCAAGUCAUGUCAUCAACCAAUUCCCCAAGAACCCAGGCAACAUAGCUGCAACAUUCAUCCCCGUCAAGACACUCAAAACAUCCUACUCACCAAUGGUAAGAGUCGCACCAAGUCUAGCCCAAGCGCUAGGAGAUGUAUUAAUGAGAUCACAUGCAAAGGUGGAGAUAAAUAUGUUUGAGAGACGCCCCACAGCCAGUAUGAGAACACAAUAUCUCUGUUGUCAAAGCUCACAUGAAAAUGACACUUUCGGACUCCUCAAAAUUACACUUCAUUAAUUGUGUUGACCGCCUUAUGUCCAAAAAACAAACAAUCCUUUUCUGCACUAAAAUCAAUUACGAGAACACAGCAAACUUUCAGAAGCUAUUUUGUUUUUUAAAAGAUAUUAAAACAAUAUUCCUAUGCAGCAUUACUCUUUGUAAAACAUAUUUAAUCAACUUUAAUCGGAAUAAAAUAUCUUAACUGCCUUGA